GAGAUAAAAGCUUGAGUGUAUUUUAUAGCAUUCGAACUCCACCAUCUUCUCAUGGAUGUAGGUUUGCUCUCAAGACCACAGGCUGCUGGAUUCACCGCGAGUCUUCAGCUCUGUGUUUGCUCCUAUCUAGUCCUCCAAACUCUCCUCAUCAAAUCCGCAGAGCCCUUCAACUGCUCUGAAGUAACGACGGAUGCUUUUCUAACAGACGUGAAGGACAGAAUCUACGGUAAAACUGAAAUACGGCCAGUCGUUCACCUGAAAACUCCCACCAACAUCAGCGUGAGCUUCACUCUGUAUGGGAUAUUAGAUGUGGAUGAAAAAGCACAGAAACUGGACACAUUUCUUUGGGUGAAUUUGUACUGGAAUAUCGAAGGACUGAGUUGGGAUCCUGAUCAAUGCGGAACAAAUCGAAUUUCACUGCCAAGGAAACAACUGUGGAGGCCUGACAUUAUCAUUAAUGAAUUCAUUGAUGACAAUAAAGUCCCUGAAACAUAUUACCUCUACGUCACAAACACUGGUCACGUAAUAGAUGACCAACCCUUUCAUGUCAUCAGCUCCUGUAACCUGGACAUCUACACCUUUCCGUUUGACAUUCAGAACUGCACGUUCACCUUCAAUUCAUACCUGCACACCGUGCUGGACGUUCAGUUGUCCUUCGCGAAGCCAGUGGAGGAAAUACUCAGUGAUUCUUAUCAAGCAAUGGCUACUCAAGGAGAGUGGGAACUGGUCAACAUGCAUGCUGAGAAACCCAUAAUACCUCCCCAGGACUGGAAUAAAACACAGGACAUGCUUGUUUACUAUAUCGUCCUCCGGCGUCGGGCGACUCUGUACGUAGUGAACCUCCUGAUUCCCAGCUGCUUCCUCAUUACUGUAGAUCUCUUCAGCUUUCUUCUUCCACCUAAAAACGUGGACCGAUCUACCUUCAAAAUGACCCUCAUCUUAGGUUACACCGUGUUCCUGCUGCUAAUGAACGACAUGCUGCCCGUCACAGGAAACACCUUACCUCUUAUAAAUGCCUUUUUCUCUCUUUGCCUGGCGUUGAUGGUGGCCAGUCUGCUGGAGACCAUUUUUAUCAUUAACAUUCAAUAUGGCUCCACUCACUAUGGCCCAUUACCUCAAUGGGUCAAGGUGUUUUUUCUCAACUAUGUCGCCAGACUUGUGUGUUUAAACAAAACACAGAGUGAUCAAAACUGUGAUAAAGAAGAACUCAUAUUUGAGAAUGAAGGCUGUGAUCCUGCGGUUGGAAACGCUAAGAGCAAAGAGGACAUUAAGACUUGUGCUUCUCUUCAGCAGCUGAGGGAAAUAACCCACGAGUUAAUAUCCAUCCGUCAGCAGGUCGAUAAACAUUUUAAAACGGAUGAGAGCGCAGACGAGUGGGAUCUUUUGGGUCAAGUCAUUGACCGACUACUUUUCGGCCUGUAUAUUGCCUUUCUCUCAGUUAGUUUCAUCACUAUUGUAAUCAUCUGGCUGAUCUGGUACAAAAAAAACGCAUCUUUGAUAUGA